AUGAGCCCGCUAUUUGAGUUUAAGUACGACUCUUGCGACUUCCAUUGGGUACCCGUCUGCGAUACGCGGGCCGCUCUUAAGCCAGCUAACCGGCGUUCGGACACUUAUUUUCUCGUGGGUGUGAUUGAGAGUGUGGCUGCUACUUCCUCACAAUCUGCAGGUGGAGAUGAAGCUGAAGUCGCGAGUGGUGUCACUUCAGGAGGUGCAGAAGCUGGCCUCCUUCAAGCUAUCUAUUGCAAGGGUUCUCGAUGGCCACGUGUGCUUCCUCGACCACUUGUCUCAAGCUUGCAGAUGCGUCUACCGCUUUGUCAUCUCGACCGAGACCAGGCUGCUCUAGAACAUGGAAGUAAUCCGCCCGAAGAAUUUCCAACUAUCUCACUUAUUGUCGAAUAUACUCUUGGAUUAGUUCGUUAG